AUGAGGCAACGGAAGUUAUUCUUGGGCUUUGCGGUGGUUAUUUCAUAUUUCCUCAUACUGCGUGCUAUCGAAUUGGAUGAAGAGAAUGUACUGGCAAUCACUGCUGAAGACUGCGCUCGCAUCACAGCUCUUGGUAACUGUCACUGCGUCCGCGAUAUAAACAAUUUAACUGAAAUAAAAUGUGCCAAGUCAUCAGUAAAUAUUUCUGUGAACAGUGUGAAAGAUGUGGAAUUAAACUGUGGCAGUGACUUUUAUGUGAAUAAGCUCUCAAGCUUACCACAAUUGGGCACACUACGAGAAACUACCUAUACUACCACAUACAACUGCACACACAUCACCGAGCUGCUAGCCCAGUUGGCACUAACGCCAAGAUCAGCACUGAGUGUACAUGGUUUAAAAAUGAAACAAGUAACACUCGACAUUUUCGGAAGUGAUCUCAAACGUUUGCGUAACGUAUCCCAAUUAGAGUUACGCGGUAAUAUGAACCCACCAAAGUUGAACGAGACUAAGUUGAUGCGACAGGAGCUUGCUGGAGAUAUACUUACUCCAUUGCCCGGCCUUUUUGAACUCAUAAUCGACUUGAACUUUGCACAACUGCCGACUGAUCUAUUGAAACCGGUGCCAAAUAUUAAUGGUAUUUCUUUGUACGGCGCGCUAUUGACAUUUCCGAGUGAUGUAUUUCAAUAUUUACGACGCCUACGUCAACUCGAAUUGCGUCGCCAUCAUUUCGAGCAGCGUUUGCGUGAAAAUAUAUUUCAGAAUUUAACUACGAUUAGAGGACUUUACAUGAUUAAUUGCAGCAUAACAGCAAUUCCUGAGCAUAUAUUUGCGCCACUGAAGACGCUGAGGAAUCUCAAUUUAAUGGGCAAUCAAUUGAGUGAGCUGCCGCCUAAACUUUUAGCACAGCAGAAAGGUUUACAAACAUUAAAUUUGGCUGACAAUCGAAUACAAGUCAUACCGCUAGGAUUUUUUGUUGCAACCACCAGGCUAGUGAAACUAACAUUGAGUCGCAAUCGUUUGCGACAUUUGGCUGCCAAUGUACUACCGCCCUUAACGUCCAUAAUCGAACUAGAGAUUGACAACAACAUGCUACGCACAAUAGCUUCGCAUACUUUCGUCCAACCUAAUCGUUUAAUAAAGCUCGACCUCACAAAUAACCAACUCGAUUGGCCAGCUGAGGAAGAUUGCGCGAUAUUUGACGGUCUGCAACGCCUACAACGUUUGCUGUUGCGCAAUAACUCAUUGCACUAUCUGUGCGAUCGGCUGGGCUCCAGCAACCACUCAACCAACGCGCUUUCCGUGCUCGAUGUGCGUCAAAAUCAGCUAAAACUAAUCGGUUCACAAUUAAUCGACACACUGAAUACAAGUGAGUCCUUCAGCGCCGUCCAUCUUUCGGAAAAUCCAUGGGAUUGUAACUGUAGCGCUCAGCCGUUACUUAGCUUUGUCAAGAACAAUCGCAGACGGCUCAAUGAUGCGUCCGUCAUGCGCUGUGAGAAUGCACAGCUGGCGCCCUUGCUUGACCUCUCCUUUCGCGAUUUUUGCCUGCCGGAGGUGGGUGUGCGCACUGUUGUGGUGGUCAUAUUAGUUUGUCUAAUCGCUUUAGGUCUGACACUCACCACCACCGCGCUGUGUUACUACAAAUAUCGCAUCGAAUUGAAAAUCUGGCUGUAUGCGCAUCGUCUGUGCUUGUGUUGUGUGAGUGAACGGGAUGUGGAUCGUGAUCGCAAAUGGGAUGCUUUCAUCUCGUAUUCACAUCACGAUGAGGAAUUUGUGGAGAAAGAACUAGUGCCGGGAUUGGAGCAGGGUUCACCGCCUUUUAAGAUCUGUAUACAUGUACGUGAUUGGCUGGCUGGCGCUUAUAUACCCGAACAGAUUAUUGACUCCGUCGAGCAGUCACGUCGUACAAUUAUUGUAUUAUCACAGCAUUUUAUCGAAUCCGAUUGGGCUCAGAUGGAAUUUCGCACAGCACAUCUGUGCGCCGUGAAUGAAGGUCGCUCGCGUAUUAUCCUUGUGGUUUAUGGCGAAAUUAAAGAAACAGAGCUGUUGGAUCAAGAUCUGAGAGCCUAUUUGAAGAUGAACACCUACUUAAAGUGGGGGGAUCCGUGGUUUUGGCGUAAAAUACGAUAUGCGAUGCCACAUGUUCAGCGCAGCGAACUGAAACUCAACAGCAGUGCGGAGGAAUUGGAAAAAAAUUAGACAUGAAAGGAACGAACUCUGUUAACUGACUUUCAAAAAUGU